CCCCCUCGCUCCCCCGCCUCUGGAUUACCGACAUCUGGAGCGGGCAGAAGGGUCGCUGGGCACCGAGAGAGCGAUCAGUCAAACUUGAAGUAGCCGACGGAAGACCCCCGCAGGAGGGGGAGGAGGCUCUCUGGUGUGCGCAGACAGAAAGGGGUCCAAAAAGAACUCCCGACGAACCCCCGAGAGAGCAAAGGAACAAGAAGUGCUGCGUAUUUUAAGGAACUUACGCGGCCGAUCACCAUCCAAUUGAGCGUGGAGACGGAUGCUGCCCGGGUUGUUGAUUUACGCACGAACCAACGCACGCGCAUGGAUUUACAGCUCCAGUCUGAAGCGGAUCGAUAUCCUUCUUCGUUCUUUUUUUUAUAUAUACGUCUGCUUUUUAAUAACAAGGAAGUGAAGCAUCCUGGGAUUUAUCGUCGCUUAGUUAGCGCUAAACUACAGUGAGCCCCCCCCCCCCCUUCUUCCUUCUUGUCUUACUUCUCCAUAACCUGCGUGCUCGUGUGGUAGCCUGUAUAUUCUUGUGCAUAUUUGUGUGUGUGUGUGUGUGUUUGGUGUGUUGUCCGCCAGAGGGAGUGUCGGUGAUAUUGUACGCAGUGCUCUGCUCUCAGUUUAAUCACCUCUAAUCAGGUGUGUCUGCUCCUGCAUUAUUUCCAUGUCUUAUGUCUGUGCAUGAAGGUAUCAAUAGGUGAGGCGUUGUGGGGCGCACGUACUUAAGAUGCCCAGCGCUUCUCCGGCACCCCGUCCCCGUCCUGGUGAAUGCCCUUGUGCCACCCGGCCACCUGUCUGACCCCCCCCCCCCGAACACCGUCCAACGAGACCAAACGAGCUCCGGCAGGAUGAGCGAGCGUUCUGCUGCCAGCAGCCUAGCUCCCAUGACACUGGAGGAGCCGGGGGCUGAGCAGGCGUCCCCCAGAGUCCCCGGCCCUCUCCGCUGCGGCCCCUGCGCCGUGUGGCCUCGCCAGCAGACCUGGCUGUGUGCCGUGCCCCUGGUGAUGGGCUUCGUGGGACUGGGACUCAGUCUCAUGCUGCUGAAAUGGAUCGUUGUGGGGUCCGUCCAGGACUAUGUCCCCACUGAUCUCGUGGAUCCCAAAGGUAGCAUUGGACAGGACCCCAUAUUUCUAUCCAAACCCAGCGCCAUGCCCAAGGGCCCCGACAUUUCCACAGCCACCACCACGUCAACGGCCCCCACCGCAGCCACGGUGUCGACGACCACGCCGCUCGCCGCCGACGGCACGGCCCCGGCGCCCAGGACCCGGUCGGGCCCGCCGGCCAACCACUCGGGCUACGGCAGCGCCGCCAACGGGGACGCCAGCCGCGCCCCCCACCUUCACAACCGCGUCGGCACCCGCAACAGCGGCGCGGCGGUGACCACCUCCACCACCCGCGCCACCCGCCUCACCCCGCCCCCGCUCGGCGGCAAGGAGGUCACCCCUCGCAGCACGGUCAGGAAAGGAAGCAGCACGGGCAACGGGCGCAACGGAGCCGCCAACCCCAAGCCGGGUCAGACGUCCGCCGGCGCCGCCGUCACCACCGCGGCGUCCACCACGACUGCCGCGAAGCCCACCUCCAAGCCGCAGCCGACCACCACCCAGCAGGCCGUCCCGGUCAAGCCCUCGCCGCGCUGGAAUCACGGGCGCCCAGGCAAAGGGCCGGCCACGCGUCCACACCACCGCUUCCGAACACCUGUGGCCCCCACACUCCCCAGUCUGCGCUCGGAGGUGUUCAAGCCAUGUGUGGAAGACAAGGACCUGGCCUUCUGUCUAAACGAGGGCGAGUGCUCCAUCAUAGAAACGGUGGCUGGGGUUCACAGGCACUGCAGGUGUAAGGAGGGCUACCACGGACUACGCUGUGACCAGUUUGUACCCAAGACGGAUGCAAUCCUGUCUGACCCAAUGGAUGAACUCGGGAUUGAGUUCAUGGAGAGCGGGGACACUUACCAGAGGCAGGUGCUGUCUAUCUUCAGCAUUGCCUCGGGGAUCUGUCUUCUCGGAGUGGCGUGCAUGGCUCUCUACCGGCGCAACAAAAGACACAGGGAGAAACUGCAGGCUCAUUUCUCUGAGAGCCGCAGCCUGAGGGACAGCGGUGUGAACGCCUCGGGCCUCAUGUCCAAAUCUCCUCCCAGGCCCCAAUACAGCCUUCCCCUCCAAAAGGGUUGCCGUUCUCACGGAUCGUCUGUUAAGGGCAGCAGCGUGGCACCAGGCGCAUCUUCAUCAGCAGCAGCAGCAGCCCCGCCCAUUCUCAUCAGAGCGCUGUCCAAAGGGAAACGCUUCAGGAGCAGUUCCCUCUCGCUCAGUCCCGGCCAGCGACGGAGGGAGACGAGUCACUUCAGGACGCCGCCCGUUUCCAGAGGGAAACACAAAAUAUCGACGAACCUCCUGGAAGGAUCCAGGGCCAACGGCCACGUCUACAAACACCUGCAGGAGGACGAGCCGACAGACGUGGAGUCCGUGAGAAGGUGUGAUUCUGCCGGCGGAAAGCCCGCCGUGCUCCUCUGCAGGUCCCCACUCCCUCACUUCGCAACCAGAAGGGGAUGGACAGAGGUCCCGUGCACCCGCCUGGAUAAGGCAGCCGCCUGCCCCCCCCCUUCCCUGCGCACCCGCUCCGUUCCCAUCAUCCCCUCCCUCCAAGCGCGCGACCUCGAGAAUGCCGACGCCGAGCGGAACCGGCGGGAGCUCCUCAAGUGGCACCCGGCGUUGGCCGGAAAGGCAGCGGAGGAGGCCAGGAGCGGCUCCCCCUCUCCGCCGCGCGAGAGUGUGGCGCCGGCGCCCGGCGGCGUCUGCCCUCCCGCCGCCACAAUGGGGUCGGAGAAGAAUCCAAGCUCCACGCAAGCACCUUUCUCCUUUGAAGUCACUGUGGAGCUGGCGCGGGAGUUAAAACAGAACGGCCCCUCCGUCCCCGCGAUCCACCGCGGCGCCACGAACACUCCCGAGGCCGCGACCGGGCAGGAGCCGCAGCCGGAGCCGGAGGAGGGGGAUCGUCUCCAAUAUUCAGCCAGAGCGCCGCGCACAGGCGGAGGGACCGGCGGCUGGAAGGCGGCGGGCCAAAGAGAGGCCCGGGGUCAGUGCCAAGGUAAGACGUCCCGUGUGUGCGGAGGCGCGAACUUCUCCUUGGCCAGCAGGGCGCCCAGCUGUAGAGGAGCCGGAAGCGCUGGUGCCAGGCCCUCUGCGAGCUGAUUGGAUUAACCGUGUAAAGCUUCAAAGACACUGUUCCCGAUGACUGUGUGCUGCUUUGCUGGUGGCACGGGACGGUUCAGCUGGUGGAACCGCCUGCCUGCGAGGCCGCACGGACCACAGACAGAUGGACGUCAAUUCUGAUGAAACAUGAACAGAUUGAACUGCAGACAAAAAAAAAUACUGACAUGUAAUUAUAAAAGAAGAAGAAGAAGAACAGACAAACGAACACAUGAAUAAAUGUGAAUAAAUGUGACUCAAUAAGGAAAACAAAACCAUGACUUGAGUGGGAGCUUGGCCUAAACAGUGUAUUGAAAAAAAUGUCACUAUUUAAAAGGAGCUUCUACUUAGAAACCAAAAUAGUGUGUCAUCUCUGUUGUUUCUCUAUUGUAAAGAAAUGAAAUUAUAUAUGUCAUAUAAUAUAUGUCACAUAGACGUAUAUAUAUAUUUGACAUACAAUUGUGACAAAAUAAAGACUAAGAUAACAGUGUUAA